ACGGCCGGGCUAGGGGGAGGGAGGUGUUGAAUGUUGACAGUUUUUUCUCCAAAAUGAUAUCAGUAAUAAUUGUUGGGCAGGGCGCGGAGCGGGAUGCGAGGGAGAUAGUGACUGACGCCAGCCGAUGAUGCUGCGAUGCUGCGGCGCGAUGAAAGACGGUCACAAGGAGACACCGCUUUGCUGCUCUUGCCCUCUUGCUGCUUGUGGUGUCAGCCCCAUUCGACCGGACUCGUGCGCGCCCCGCCCUAAUGUGACUGAGAUCGCUUGCAGAGUGCCGGCGGGGCCGGGGAUGCGUUGCUGCUGACAGCCUGCUGACGCCCUGACGCCCACCGCCACGAUGAUGACGCCCUUGCUCGCCUGCUUCCUGGCCGUGCUGGCGGCCUGCCCCGGCGCCCAUGCCGCCGCCCGGUCCACGCCGCCGCAGCCGCGCCUCCAGAGGGUGGCCGAAGUGCUGACCAAGCCGUUCGCCCCCGACGAGGCCGCCAUCUCCAGCACGUGCCGCCAGCACUCCCAGCUGUACCUGCACCACCUCACGCAGCUCGCGCCCUGGGCCUUGCAGAUGUACGACUCGUCCACCAAGAUCCCCGCCUCCAUCAUGGCGGGCAACAUCCAACAGCUGGGCAACUUCGACCAGUGCGUGGCCAUUCGCAUGGCUUCGGACACCGGCUCAGACGUGUUCCGGGGCAAGCACUGCACGGCGCAAGUGUCCUUCCGCAUGCCCGCGGCGGCUGGGGAGUCCCCCCUGGGUGACCUGCUGCUGGCCGCAGCGACAGCGUCGGGCGCGGCGCCCAGCAACACGAGCGCGGCGUUCGACUGGGCGUACUGCGUGCCGUCGUCGUGCUCCUCCAGGGACGUGGAGGCCGCCCUGUCGCUGCGCCUGGCCACCCUGGUGGGCCCCACCGCGGCGCGCCCCAUCGUCACCGUGGACGACGGCGCCUGCCUGUCCGCGGACACCGGCCGCCAGAACACCCCUCUGCAGGCCAACGAUAUCGCCUUCAUCUGCCUGCUGCUGGUGACCAUGUACAUCAUCGGGGCCAGCACCAUCUACGACGUCAUCUGCACCGCGCCCAAGGAGGACGUGCUCACCCCCGGCAGCAAAAGCUCCGCUCCCCGCACCUCGCGCCUGCAGGAGAUGUUCGUGGCCUUCUCGCUGCGCCGCAACGGCGCCGCGCUGCUGUCGACGGCGAGGUCCGGCGACACAAUGGGCUGCCUGCACGGGCUGCGCGUGCUCAGCAUCUCGUGGGUCGUGCUGCUGCACUCGUUCUACAUGGAGGCCGUCUCGCCCAACAUCAACCGGGCCGUGGUGCCCAAGCUGGGCGACUCGUGGGGCAACAUGGUGCUGAUGAACGCCACCCUGUCCACGGACACGUUCCUGCUCCUGUCCGGCGCGCUGCUCGCCAUCAGCUUCCUGCGGUCCUCGUCCAAGGCCCCCGAGGCGGCCUUCAACCCCCUGCCCUUCUACCUGCACCGCUACGUGCGCCUCACGCCCGUGUACGCCGUCGUCAUGUGGUUCUACGCCAGCCUGCUGGUGCGCCUGGGCAGCGGGCCGCUGUGGGACCGCCUGGUGGGCGUGGAGGCGGACAACUGCCGCGCCAACUGGUGGACCAACCUGGCCUACGUUAACAACUUUGUCCAAAUCUCCGCGCCGUGCAUGAACCAGACGUGGUACCUGGCCGUGGACAUGCAGCUCUUCUGGCUGUCCCCGUUGGUGCUGCUGCCGUUGCGGUGGUGGCCGCGACUGGGCCGCGCGCUGCUGGCGGCUCUGGCCCUGGUGUCCGUCGCCGUGCCUUUCACCAUCACCUUCGUCGAGAGGCUGCCUGGCGCCAUGUUGUACACCCUCGAUCAGUCGCUGCUGGGCCAGGUCUUCGUCCAGGUGUACACCCGCGUGUACAACCGCGCGGGCCCCUACCUGGUGGGCAUCGCGUUGGGCUGCGUGCUGACGAGGGUGCGCGGGCGCGCGGUGCGGCUGUCCGGCCUGGUGGUGGCGGCGGGCUGGACGGCGUCGACGGCCAUGUGCCUUGCCGUGCUGUUCGGCGUGUUCGGCUUCUACCAGCGCUGGCACACCUACUCGCCCCUGGAGGCCGCGCUGUACGCCGGCCUGCACCGCACGGUCUGGGCCGCGGGCGUGGCCUGGGUGGUGUUCGCCUGCGUCACGGGCCACGGCGGCCCGGCCGAGGCCCUGCUGUCCUGGCGCCCGUUCGGCCCCAUGGCGCGCCUCUCGUACUGCGUGUACCUCACCCACUAUGCCGUCAUCAUGGUCAGCCACGGGCUGCGGCGCGCGCCCGGCUACUUCAGCACCUUCUUGACGAUUCAAGGCGCCAUGGGCACGCUCGUCACCUCCUUCGUCAUCUCUGCGGUGCUGUCCCUGGCCUACGAGAUGCCCUUCAUGGCGCUGGACCGCGUGUUGCUGCAAAGAGCGCGACCCGCCGGCCCCUCCAGCAAGAAGGCGGUCGCGGCCGCGGCCGUGCCGGUGUGCAGCGUCGCCACAGUGGAGGCCGUGGACGGCAGGGCCGUGGACGGCAGGCCCGACCUUCACGGAUACGACAACGCGGCCUUCGAGACGAUGGCCGAGAAGUGACGACGCGGAGGUCUCGCCGGCCGCCGGCGUGCUGCGGCGGGGUGGUGCGGCGGGGUGCAGCCCCUGUCGGCGUCAACCUAGUGCGGCCUCCGCGCCCCGCGUCAAGCUGACGUGCGUUCCUAACUGAGUACAAACGUUAGUGUUAGGUGUAAUACUGAAGCUUUGAACUCGGAGUAUUUUUCUUGCUGUAGCUUUACGGGUAGGAACUGUGUUCUAUCUCUAGUCAACCUAAUCCACCUAGUGCAAACAGAGGAGCGCGUUAAUUUCUGAAAACCAGUCCUGUCUUUACCGGGAUGACCAACAGAGAUGUCGUGUUCCUGGGCUUAUGGAGAGCACGGCAGCAGCUGAAGCCACACAUUUUCAAGCAUCGAGUUUUCAGAGCUGAAACUUGCACCAAAGUAAGAGAGCUGUGCAAAUUUAGAUUAGUAGAAUGCUGUACCCCACGGAUCAUUUAUACUUAAGUUGGAAUAUUCACAAGAAGUGCAGCAUGGCACAAACAUAGAUUUUAGAAACGUAUUAUUUUCAUUCCCACCAACACUGCGUGUGCUAGAGGCACACGGCUUCGAGGACGGGCCACUGGCAUGGCUCUGCACGGCGCUGUCUUUAUGUUUUAGAAAUAUGUUCCACAAAACGUGUACUUAAUUAAAUGUCUGUGAUAAAUGAACCUUUGUACGAGAGCACUUGCUGUUGAAUAAAGCGUCCAUGAGCUAA